AUGACGCGCGCGUCGAUCUGUCGCGCGGUGCCCGCGCGCGCCGCGCGCGCGGCGCCGCGCGCGCGCGCGAACGCGCGACGUGCGGGACGCAUCGCGACGACGACGCGCGCGGCGUCGACGACGGACUUCCCGAGCUUCUUCCCGCCCGAAGUGCGCGAACUCGAGGAACCGGCGGCGAUCGCGAUGGCGCGGCGGUGCCGAUCGGUGUCGGUGGACGUCCCGGGGCGGGCGAAGGCGGUGCUGACGUCGUGCGCGGGCGACGCGGGGCCGGCGGGGAGCGACGCGGCGCCGUUCGUGCUGCUGCACGGAUUCGAUUCGUCGUGUUUGGAGUACAGAAGGUUGUUUCCGAAGCUCGCGGCGAAGGCGGAGACGUGGGCGGUCGAUUUGUUGGGCUGGGGGUUCACGGACGCGCAGGAUGGAGGGAUCGGGGAUUACUCGCCCGAGGCGAAGCGAGCGCACUUGUACGCGUUUUGGAAGGCGAACGUCGGGCGGCCGAUGGUGCUGUGCGGUGCCUCGCUCGGGGGAGCCGCGGCGAUAGAUUUCGCGACGAAUCAUCCGGAGGCGGUCGAGAAGCUCGUGUUGAUCGACGCGCAAGGUUUCAUCGAAGGUCUCGGGCCGAUGGGCGCGUUGCCGCGGCCGGUGGCGAAGAUGGGCGUGAACAUUUUGCGCACGACGGCUUUGCGCAACGCGGCGAAUCAAAUGGCGUAUUACGACAAAGCGACGUUCGCUACCGAUGAUGCGCUUCGCGUCGGGCGCUUGCACACGUUUGCGCCGCAGUGGUGCGACGCGACUUUGUCGUUCAUGCAAUCCGGCGGGUUCAAGGUGAGAAACUCCAUCGCGAAGGUGCCGAUGGAGACGCUCGUGUUGUGGGGUCGUGAAGACAAAAUCUUGGAGCCCAGCUAUGCUGAAAAGUUCAUGAAGGAGCUACCGAACGCACGAUUGGUGUGGGUCGAAAAGUGCGGGCACGUCGCGCACUUGGAGCAACCCGAGUUCAUGUGCCAGACGCUUUGGGAUUUCGCGGGAAAGACGAGCGCGGCGACGGCGUAG